GCAUAGCACAAUAGGUGUCUGAUUAUUAUAAAGUGUGGCUAUAAAAUGAGUUGGUUCUGUAGCUCUUGAAUUCAUUGGAUUAUUAGCAUGAGAGACAUGAAAGAAGGCAUUUCCAAAACAAAUGAGUACUUGUUGAAGAAGAAGGUCUUGUUGAGUCUCUUGGCUACCUUGGUUCUUGCGGGGGCAGUGAUUUGCAUUGUGGCGGGAGCAAGGUCCCACAACAAGGAUGAACCAUCUCCUCCGUCCCAUGGCAUCAUCAAAAGCGCUUGCAGCAGCACAUUGUACCCGGAGCUCUGCUUUUCAUCCAUAACCUCCGAACAUGAGAACGUGACCAACAAGCUUUUCUCCCACAAAGAUGUCAUAAACGUGGCACUGGAUAUUGGGUACAGAUUCGUCCAUCGCAACUACUUGCUGGUGGAGAAGCUCUUAACACGAAAGAGUCUGAGCAAGAGAGUGAAAACCGCCCUGAACGAUUGCUUGGAGACCAUUGGCGAAACACUGGACGACAUUACCAAAGCGAAGAAGGACCUCCAAGAUUACCCAUCCCAGACCAAGUCUCUCUAUAAGCAUGCUGAUGACAUCAAAACAUUCAUCAGCUCCGCCGUAACCAACCACGUUACUUGCUUGGACGGCUUCUCUCACAAGUUAGCUGAGAAGCGCUUCAGGAAACUAUAUCUGCUGAAAGCCCAAUUAUACGCGCAGUACUUGUGCAGCAAUGCGUUGGCUAUGGCAAAGAACCUGACUGACACUGACAUAGCCAUUCACGAGAAGAGCAUGAGCAUGAAGGAGAGGAAGAUGGUGGAGAAGGAGGAGUGGCCGGAGUGGAUCUCCGCCGAGGACAAGCGGCUUCUGCAGUCUGAUUCGGUGACUCCCAACGUGGUGGUGGCGGCGGACGGCAGCGGGAACUACAAGACAGUAUCGGCUGCGGUGGCUGCGGCUCCUUCGAAGAGUAGCAGCAGAUACGUGAUUAGGAUCAAAGCAGGAGUGUACAGAGAGACUGUGGAUGUGCCAAGCUCGAAGACUAACAUCAUGUUGUUGGGAGAUGGAAGUAGCAAAACCAUCAUCACUGCAAGUAAAAAUGUAGUCGAUGGAGGCACGACCUUCCACUCUGCGACAGUGGCGGUAGUGGGUGACGGGUUCUUGGCGCGAGGCAUAACGUUCCAGAAUGCAGCAGGGCCGUCAAAAGAGCAAGCAGUGGCCCUAAGAGUUGGAGCAGACCUCUCAGCCUUCUACUUGUGUGGCUUCAUAGCGUACCAAGACACUCUCUACGUCCACAGCAAUCGCCAGUUCUUCGUCAAAUGCUACGUCGCAGGCACAGUGGACUUCAUCUUUGGCAACUCAGCUGCUGUCUUACAAGACUGCGACAUCAACGCCAGGCGUCCCAAUCCAAAACAAAAGAACACCAUCACCGCACAAGGCCGCACUGACGCUAACCAAAACACUGGCAUUGUCAUCCAAAAAAGUAGGAUUAACGCCACCACUGACUUGUAUGCUGUCAAAAACACCUUCCAAUCGUUUCUCGGCAGGCCUUGGCAGGACCAUUCCCGAACUGUCAUCAUGCAAACCAGUAUAAGUGAUAUCAUUGACCCUGCUGGCUGGUUAGAGUGGGAUGCCGAUUCUCCUUUGGACCCCUUGUAUUAUGGAGAAUAUAAGAACACUGGCGCUGGAGCUUCCACCUCCAAGAGGGUUAAUUGGAAAGGCUUCAAGGUAAUCACUAGUGCUUCCGAGGCACAAAGUUUCACCCCUGGCAAUUUCAUUUCUGGUUCUAACUGGUUGCCUUCUACUGGCUUUCCUUACUCCCUUGGCCUUUAAUGUAAUUUCCCUCUUCAUAAGAUUUAAGUUGUAAUGUACUGUACUCCUUUUUUUUUCUUUUCAAGUUGUUCCAAUGUACUCCUUAAUUUCUCAUUCUAUGAUUUAUGUCUUAUGAAGUUUUAUGUCAAUGUUAUUUUUUUCAA